AUGGGGGAAGAUGGUCCAAUGUUUGAGCGGAUGUAUGUUUGUUUUGCAGCAUGCAAAACGACAUUUGUCAACACAUGUAGACCUUUAAUAGGUCUAGAUGGUUGUUUCCUUAAAGGAGUCUAUGGUGGGCAACUCUUAACUGCAGUUGGGAAGGAUGGGAAUAAUCAAAUGCUUCCUAUAGCAUUUGCUAUUGUUGAGGCAGAAACCAAGGAUUCUUGGGCUUGGUUUGUGGAUCUGUUAUUGCAAGACUUAAAUCGCAUUGAGAGGAAGCCAUGGAGCUUCAUCUCGGAUCAGCAAAAGGGCUUGGUCCCAACAUUGCAGAUGCUGGAUCGAAAUGUGGAUCACCGGUUGUGUGUGAAACACUUGUACGGUAACUGGAGGAAGAAGUAUCCAGGUGAAGAGUUUAAAGGUGCUCUAUGGGCUGCUGCAAGGGCAUGCACAAUCCCAGAGUUUGAUAGAGCUAUGGCCAGAUUGAAGAGAAUGAAUGAAGAGGCUUGGAAGGACAUGAGUGAGAUACCAGCAAAGCCUGAAGUUUUACAUCACCAACAGGAUAGUGAAGCAAAGGGAUCUCAUGUAAGGUAUAAUGGAUAUCUCUGUCCUAUGAUACAACAAAAAUUAGAGGUUUCAAAGAAAGAGUCAGAUGGCUGGACACCUAUCUUCCAUGGAGAUGGUCAACGUGGUCUAUUUGAAGUCUCUAAAGGGUAUGACAAGUAUUCUGUUAAUUUGGAAACCAAAUCAUGUGGCUGUAGAAGAUGGAACUUAUCUGGCAUUCCCUGCUGCCAUGCAAUUGCAUGCAUUUGGCAUAACAAUGACAUUCCUGAAGAGUAUUGUCAUCCUUGGUACAGGAGAUCAACAUUUCUCAGAACUUAUGACUACAUAAUUUUACCAUCAAAUGGACCUAAGCUGUGGCCAGUUAGUAACUAUCCACCACUCAACCCACCCUACAUGAGGAGAGCAGUUGGGAGACCAAAAAAGGCAAGGAGAAAGGCAAACGAUGAACCCAGAAAUCCACACAAGCUAAAAAGACAACAAACCACAAUUAAGUGUCGUAGGUGUGGAGAAUGGGACCACAAUAAGAGGACAUGUAUUGGGAAAACAGCUGCUGAUAGGGUGAUACCAAAAGGAGGAAACAAGAGAGCUAGUGGCAGUGGCCGUGUCCAAGCUCAGACAACCACCGCAACUGCUCAACCUGGACAGGGAGCUAGUGGUCGUGUCCAAGCUCAGACAACAACCACAAGUGCUCAACCUAGACAGGGAGCUACUGGCAGUGGCAGUAACAGGGGAAGAGGCAGGGGAAGAGGGAGGGGAAGAGGCAGGGCCAGUGGACAAAGGCAGCAAACAGAUCCACAUGCCCAGUCAACACAAGCCUCCCAAGGUGCACUUUCAGAUUAG